AUGCGCGGUCAAAGGAGUGCCAAGUUCGCAGAGUACACAGCUACAUAUGCUAUUCUUAAACGUCUUGGUAUUCAUGAUACCGUUUUGAUUGAAAAACGUGAUGCAUCUGUGGGUUAUGGUAUAUUUGUAAAGGAUGCAUGUGAUGCGGGUACUCCUUUGAUAGUGGUUCCUUCAAGACAAGUUUGUUCGGUUACCACAUUAGAUAAACUUGGAGCCAAUAUAAAGAUGAUGAAAUGUCGGGAUCUUGAAAAGUUGCAAGCGCUGAAUAAUGGUGUGGUAUCAAAACUGUUGGGAUGUAAAGCGGAACAGUGGGUUACGCUUGCUUGGCGUCUUUCUAUUGAGCAACAGCGAGCACUUUCACCUUGGUGGGGAUGGUUAAAUGUAUUGCCGGAUGCACAGGCAUUUAAAACGAUAGAAGAAGAGAGUGAACGAAAAUGUCGAUUACAUCACACUUCACUUCUACCAUACUUGGUACAUGCUCGAUGUGGUAUAGAACGAGAGGUAACUGCAGUGUAUGAGAUGCUUGGUAAGGAAAAUAUCAUGGCAUCACCGAGUUACUUUCGUAAUGCAGUAAAUGUAAUCCUUUCAAGGGCUCAACAUUUACCUAAAUGCUGGACGACUGCAGAAGGAGACCCUAUUGAACUAGGUAUUAUACCUUUUAUCGAUCUUAUUAAUAUCCAUGAUGGUGUUGACAGGAAGAGGAAUGCCUCCUUGGAAGUUGCUUUUGCUUUUGAAGAACUUCCUGAGUGGUAUCGUUCGUGGUUCAUACAAGAAUUAGAACCAAGAGGUAUUGAUGGUGAGAAGGAACUUCAUCGAUUAAUAGAAGAACAUUAUUUUGCGUUACUUGUGUUGGAACAGGAUUUAACUGCAUCGGAGGAGGUUAUACUCCAGUGUGAGUUGGAACCUUGGGAAACUGGAACUCUUUCAUCACAAGAGGAGCUUUUAUUGGGGCGACUCUUGCGGUAUUUUUUUUAA